CAGUAAACACACACACACACCAGCAGGGAGAGAGAGACAGAGAGAGACAGAGAGAGACAGAGGCUCCAUCACACAACAAGAAGAAGUUAGCAUCGCAGAGAGGAGCACACAGCUCUCAUCCAUCCUCACAGAGGACCACUAGAGUCCUACUGAACAGAAGAGCAGCGGCAGGCACUGGGACUGUGUGCAGGACUCCCACCCAAACUUGGGAUUUAUAAGAAACCGGGAGAGAGAAGAGAGAAAGCCCGUAGGAUCGGUGCCGGGGUGACCGAGGCAUUAAAAAUGCAUCACCACCAUGGAAUAUUCAUGCUCGCCCUCCUGGCCUUCCUAUUGGUGCUCACAGUCCUUGGAACAGAAACCGCAAAGAAAGACAAACAAGAGAAGAAGGGCAAGAAGUCGGACUGCGGUGAAUGGCAGUGGAGUGUCUGUGUCCCCUCCAGCAGUGAUUGUGGUAUCGGGAUGCGGGAGGGCACGCGGUCAGGAAAAGAAUGUAAACAAAACACGAAAACACAGAAGUGUAAAAUCCCGUGCAACUGGAAGAAGCAAUUUGGAGCGGAGUGUAAGUACCAGUUCCAGGAGUGGGGAGAGUGUGACCCAGAGACUGGGAUAAAGACACGGAACGGAAGUCUGAAGAGAGCCCUCCACAAUGCGGAGUGCCAGAAAACGGUCACCUUGUCCAAGCCAUGUGGAAAGAUCACCAAACCACCAAAAUCCCAAGAAUCGAAAAAGAAGAAAAAGGAGGGGAAGAAGCAAGACAAGAUGGUAGACUGAACAACAACAAGAAGCCCAGAAAAGGACACACGACCUCUGAGGGGCGCACCUGAGCCCACUGCAAAGUGGCUUAACAAACUGUCUACCUGUACUAGAGGAAGGGAAGAGGGGAACAUACUCUGUACAAUUUAGUCUAUUACUCGGUGGUGGGAGAAAUUUCUUUUAAACCAUAACACAUUGUUAGGGGAUGUCUUUAGAUGUAUAUAGAGGAAAGGGGCUUAGAAUUUUGUUUUCUUGUUUUGUAGGUGGGCUUGGGGUAUAUAUUAUACCAUAUUAUUUCUAUUAAUACUACAUCCCAAACAAGCAAGCAGUGACCUUCUAGUGGCUGUGGAACUACACAUCCCAGCAUAGACCAUAUUGGGAUUUGUAUAUUCUCAGCAGCUAGACACCCACAAGUUGCCUCUCUUGGGACAUUUUACAAGGAUUUAACCAUUGCAUCAUCUAAAAAAUGUAAUACUGACUAAUAAAAGCAACAAAAGCCAAAAUAGCAAAUAAAAUGACAGUUGAUUGUGCGUUACAUGACUUGUAUAGGUGUAACCAAUGCAAAAUAAUUCAUUUAAAAAAUAUGUUCAAGAGUUGUUUUAGUCCUAAAUAGAGCAGAGAAGGUCAAGAACCUUUGUCAGUUUUAUUUAAGAUGCUUCUGAGAUUAUUCAGAAUUCAUUGACAGGUGCAUUUGACCUACAAUUGCAUUCCUUUGGACCUGGAGUGAUCUGCUCCAAGUAGGUUUUAAAUUUCCAUAGACUUGUAUAGGAAUGCAAAACCCAUUUGAAGUAAACAAAAGCCUGUCUACAAAAACCCUUUUGCUGUUUUUUUCUUUAGUAAGUUUUCCCCUCACUUCCUGUCAUGUCACUGUAACAGGAAGUUAGAAUAAUCUUUCCACUGGGUAUAUAGACAGUCAUAGUACUGCUGUUUUUGCUGCUAACUGGGUCUCCAUUAGCAAGAUUUUAUCACUUCCUGUUGGGUCAUUGGGACAGGAAAUGACCUCUCCAGCGGGAACACAGACAGGAAUAAUAACUCAAUAGAAAUCUCAAACUUUCCUCAAGUCUAUCCAAAUAUAAAGAAAGACUGGUUGUGUUCCUAGCAAAAGAUUAUAUAUUCUGUUUGCUGACUAAUUGUAUUAACUUUGCAUUUUUAUGUUUCUCUUGAUGGUUAGCAUGAUACUCUGCUACUAAGGUAUUUGCUGUACUGCUUGGCAGAUAAUGGGAUUAAAGUAUAACUCCACCGAAA